AUGGUCCAGAAACCGGGAGACCCAGCUGCCCCUGCCGCCCCAGCCGACCCCGCCGCCCCACCUGUGGAGGCUGAAAAGCCAGAAGAGCCUACACAGACAGUUGCAGAGCUGGCAUUUUAUGCCCCGAAUUACAAAUGUCUGACCCUCCUGGCCAUAAUUCUUUUCCUUCCCCUGGGAUUACUAGCUGUGUACUUCAGUCACAAGACCUUGAAGGCUAACAAGAACAGCGAUUGGGAAGAAGCUUACAUCAACUCAGGCCGAACUGGUUGGCUGGCUGUAUUCGCCAUACUCAUCGGUUUAGGCAUCAUUUAUUACUUUUCUCUAUUUGCAUGA